ACCGGCGUAAGCUCUGCGAUAAACAUCAUCACAUCACCGUAUAGUAUUACACAUACUCUCUCUCCCAGGAAACACCAAAACUAAUACAAGUGGGAAACCAUUCAUUAUAUAUAAUAUUAAAUCAUUAAAAUACAAACAAAACUAUCUUUCUUUCUCUCUCUCUCUCUCCCUCGUAUAAUAAUCAAUAUAUAUAUAUUCUAAAAUAAAUUAUCAACCAAACCUUAAAUCUCUUGUGAAGGUUUGAGAGAAAUCACAUUUCUCAGAACCAAAAAAAAAAAAAAAAAAAGAAAAAAAGAAAGAAAAGCUAUGCCUUCCUCACUCCAACUCCACAGAAUCAACCCCAGAAACCCGACCGUGAUCGGAUGCCAGAAUAAGCAAUCCCACAUCGUUCCCGCAGCAAAGUAUUUCGCAGUUCCGGAAUCGGUGGCUGACCACCACGCCCACUCGGUGGGACCCAACCAGUGCUGCUCGAGCGUGGUCCAAGCGAUCGAUGCGGCUGUGGAGACUGUAUGGUCCGUGGUGAGACGGUUCGAUAACCCACAGGCCUACAAACACUUUCUCAAGAGCUGCCACGUCAUCGACGGUGAUGGCAACGUGGGCACCCUCCGCGAGGUCCACGUGGUUUCGGGCCUUCCUGCCGAGUCGAGCAGGGAGAGGUUGGAGAUACUUGACGACGAGCGCCACGUGUUGAGCUUCAGCGUCGUGGGAGGGGAUCACCGUCUCAAUAACUACCGAUCCGUCACCACACUUCAUCCUUCGGCCAAUGGGACGGGGACAGUUGUCGUCGAAUCAUACGUCGUUGACGUACCACAAGGUAACACUAAGGAGGAGACCUGCGUUUUUGUAGACACCAUUGUACGUUGUAAUCUUCAGUCGCUUGCUCAGAUCGCCGAAAAACAUGGCCAACCCAAAAUGUCAUAACAAUCUUUCAUAAUUAAUACAUAUAUAUAUAAAUAUAAAUUUCAUUCUUUUCUUUUUUAUUUUGAAAUUUCCAUGCUAUAUGGGUUGUUUUUCGUCUGUAUUACAGAUUAUCAUGAUGAUGAUGAUAUAUAUAUCAUCAUUCAUUAUCAUUACCCGUUUUGGAGAUUUGUUAAGAGUUUUUUUGUUAACUAGCAGCUAGGGUUUUUUCUGAUGAUCAGAGAAGCUUGAUGAUCUUUGUAGAUUUCUCAUGGGGUAGAAAUGGUUGGAGGUGAUGGGAGUAUAAUUUUGUGUAUAUGUUUAAUUAUAACUUGUUAUACUUUACCAUCAAAACCCCUUUUAUUAUAUAUUUUAUAUAUAUCAUUGAGAUAUUGUUUUUACAUUUA